UAAUUGGAGGCUGAGGGAAGAGAAGUCAAUCGACCAUGAAAAACAGAUCCAACCACCGCUACCUGUUUGCAAGUAUAAGAACACAAACAACCUGACUACUUUAGGAGAGAGGGAUCAGGGACAAGGUCCACGUAAGACCUACUUUGCUUCGAGUUAUUCUCAGGAAUGAUGUCAGUGGAGUUUAUCCGUGGGAUGCUCUAUGUGUCCCUCACUGUUGUGGGAGUCCCGGGUAAUGCUGCUGUCAUCCUGGCCUUCCUCCUCUUGCUAUACCAGGAGAACCGGCUCCUGCCAGCUGAUGCCAUUGUCUUGCACCUGGCCUGUGCCAACCUGAUGGUGGUGGGUGUUCGCUGUCUGCUGGAGACCCUGGCCUCCUUCCGCCUCGCCAACAUCUUUGGAGACUUAGGCUGUAAGGCUGUGAUCUUUGUCUACAGAACAUCCCGUUCCCUCUCAAUCUGGCUCACCUUCGUCCUGAGUGCCUACCAGUGCCUGAGCAUUGCCCCUCCAGGAUCACGCUGGGCCUCUGCACGCACCGUGGUAGCCCAGUAUUUGGGCUUUGUGUUCCUCUUCCUCUGGAUCCUCAACACCUGCAUGAGCUCAGCAGCCAUACUCUUCUCCUUUGGAACCCAGAAUGACUCCAGCCUAUUAAACCAUGGCAUCAAUGUACAAUUCUGCUACGUUAACUUUCCUUCAAAGUUGUCCAUAGAAGCAAACGGGGCAGCUCAGGUGGGGAGAGACGUGGUGCCCAUGGCCCUCAUGACUCUAGCCAGCCUGAUCAUCUUGGUCUUCCUUUACAAGCACAGCCAGCAUGUGAAGGGGCUCCGCAGCAGUAGUGGCGGCGGUAGGGGGAGUGGUGGGGCCGAGCAACGAGCUGCCAAAGCUGUGGUAGCACUUGUGACCUUAUAUGUGGUCCUCUAUGGGGUAGAUAAUGGGCUUUGGGUGUACACUCUCACUGUGAAGAAGACUAUGAGCUCCUCGCUGAUCUCUGACCUGCGUAUAUUCUUCUCCUCGCUAUAUGCGGCACUAAGCCCAGUGGUCAUCAUUGCGUCUAACAGGAAGGUGAAAGAAAGGCUGAAGUGUGCAGUGCAGGAGAAGCCUAUUCAGGAGAAAGCGACAAGUCUUUCUACAAUGUGAGGCCUGCUGCGGGGGACUGAUACUGAUACUCACAGAGCAGCACAGGAAGCCAAGAUGAUGUGGACUGAAAAGUCUGGGUCAUGUGUGGGUCAGUCCAUCUUUUCAUAGAUGUGAUAAAUUGUGUUGUGCAAUGGGAACUAAAGGAGAGACUCGUCUUUCUUCUGUAGUGGUAUUUUUGGUUGUGAAUUCAUAAUAAUUGUGAUUUUUCUAAUAUUUAUUGAAAUAUCUGUUUUUUAGGGACUUUUCAGAUAUAAGUCAUGAGGGUUUUAUCACCUGUAGCUCUGGAUGAGAUGCUGUACAUGAGGGUAAGGGGACCCUAUAGACUCUCUGUCUAUAAUUAAGGAAGAAAACUGUCAUAAUGACCUUGUUACUCGGUACAGUUCUCUAUGACUCUCUGCUGAUCUGGCACUAUGUUGCUUUGUUUGUUUAUUCAUUAUGCUCUCUCUAUCUUAAUUGGAUGGAAGAAUUAUAGCCGGGUGACUCAGUAGCUGUCAAAUGACUUCCAGCUGCCCAUUUAACUAUAAUUAAGGCUUUGAAUAGAAUCUGGGAAAUGUCCUGUGCUAAUGAGGCAGGUUAAUUGUCCCACAGAGAACUGGUUUAAUACCUGAUGGAAAAACUAUAUUCUUUAGGGAAAAAAAGAAAAGAUGAAAAAGAUGUUCAUUACUCUAAUACUGAAUUACUCAAUACAAUGCUCACAAUGUAUGUCUUAGUUCUUCGGGUGCAGUUGUAAGAGGAGGAGACCGUAAAGACUCAAAGCUACGACUUGGCACACGCCCUGAAGAGUUUGCUGUGGAAGUGGCAAUGUGGGAAUUUAGGAGUCAUUAUGUAAUUGCCAUGUCUUGGGAGAAGCAAGGACAGAAAGACAGGGUGAGGACAUAACAACCUCUGUGAGUGACAGUCCAAAAGACAUAAAGUGGACUGCCAGCGCCCUGUGAUCCUGCAAUAACUCUAAAGUGCAAUCAGUGCAGCGCUUUUCAACUGCUGUCGCAAUGCAGGUGCGGAGGAGGAGAAGUCCUCUUUCUGUGCUUGUGCAGAACUGUGGCAUUCAGGUUGACAUCAAAGGAUAUACAAUACGGUUGAUCUUUUGUCAAAGAGCAAUAUUCACUUUUUAUUGUUAAAGUUUCAACCAAUAAAACCCUCCAUAAUGUGAGUAGAUUUCUUUUUGAAAGCUUCUCUCCAGAUGACAAAUUCCAUGCGUCUUAUUCUUCAAACCACUGAAAUCUGAUUGGCACUUUACACAGACUCCGGUGGAAUGAAGGAUAGAAUACAUGGAUGGUUUCAUUAGAGCAGCGAGCGUGCUGGCGCCUCCGGUGAGGAAUCACUGGGAAUGAAAUAGUUGACACGGCCGAUUCCCUUCAACGCCUCAGAUGAUGUCAUUCUUUCUUUUUCUGUCGAUAAGAAGUGGCAGAUUAGUUAAAAGGAACAAAUACAUGACAAACAGGUUCCAUUUGUGUGUAUGUUCAUGUCUCUUUCUAUGUGUGUGUGUGUGUGUGUGUGUCUGUGUGUGUGUGUAUGUAGGGUGUGCCAGGCAGGCCUCUCCCUGCACAAGACAGGACCUGUUUUCGCUGUUUUCCAUCCUUCGAGAGUCUUUUGAGCCCAAUGAAUGCAGGGUGCUGUUAAACAUGUAGAGACCAAACCCACACAAAUGUAACCCUCUAUUAGUGCCUUACUCUCAAGUCACCAAUUCCCUUUAGCUCUCACAUUUCCCCAUCCAAGUGUAAAUUCUGCAGCUAAAAUUUAACUUGCAAUUGCUGAUAGAUGUACAUUGUCGUCAUGUGUUCAGCCUCAAACUGCAACUCACCUGCUUGACAAGGCAAGAUGUGCAAAAUGCACAAGCUCUCAGGAAAAAAAUAACACAACAAAGCACCAGUUCCUGACUUUUAACAAAAAAAUAGACCUUCAUAUUCUUA